AUGGCGUCCAACAGACCUCACGACGUGCUUUAUGACAGCACCUACACCGUGUCAGGAGCACGGGACUUCUACAAGCAGCAGGCUCAUUUCCAGGUGGAAAAGGUCCCUGAAUAUGGCAACUUCUUUUCGGAGCUGCCGCACUACCCAGCAGCAAGCGUCAGGGUCAAAGGCGGCGACCAGGUGCCGAUGUUUGUGAACCGCGGCUUCCACCAGCACACCAGCACACACCAGCAGCGCGUUUCCCAGAGCAGCGGGGCGCAGGUCAACGGCCCACACGGGUACAAGUUCCAUCGGCAGCCUCUGCCACCACCCGGCACAGAUACAGCAGCUGCAUACCUGGCAACCCAGCUGGCGGCAGUGCGCUUUGCGCCCGUUCCGCCAGUGUCUGCGCAGGGCCAGGCUGCCCCCGAGCCGCCAGCAAAGGAUGCGUGCACUCAGAGUGACUUCCGCGAGUCCGAGGUGCAGACACUGCCCUGGACGCCCGGUUACGUGCUGCCGCAAGAAGGCACAAGGCGCGCCGCCAAGCAGUCGGUUGUGAGCGGCGUGCGCCACUGCGAGGGUCCUGAGCUGCUUCAGCUGACCGACCUGAAGUGGGGCGACGGCCUGCCAGGCGGCCUGCAGGAGGUCCUGCGGCUUGAGGCGGCACGCGAGAAGCGCGCGUUUGAGGCCUCUCUGCCGCCCAUCGACGACCUGGCACAGCUGCCCCUGCGGCAAGCAAUGAUUGAGCAGUGGGAGGCACGCGAGUGGGCACAACGAGCAGAGGAGAUCCGUGGGGUCCAGGAGCAGAGGCUGGGGUUGCUGGAGAAGGCGCUGCAGGUGCGUGAGGAGGAAAUCGAGGAGCAGCACAGGCAACAAGUGGAGGAGCGCAAUGCCCAGCUGCGCCGACUGGGCGUCACCAGGUAA